AUGAAUACCAUUUACGACAUUAUUAAAAAUAAAGAAGAAAUUACUUUUGUAGGAAGCAAAAUAGAAAUAGAUCUGAAAAACUCUUUCCAAGAAAUCCUGCUAAUCACCAUUCAUUAUCCAUUUCUUAUUUUGGCAUUAACUUUCCAUGUAUCAGCUCUCUUCUGUGAUCCCCUUGGUGAUCAUAAUGUAUGGGUGACAUUGAAACCAACCAGCAAGACAAAACCACUUAAGAAGAAGUCACUUAUCGUGGCUGCAGCUCAGAUUGAUUCCUUCUCCUUAUUCUACAAUGUUCAACCUGAGCGUGGUGCUGAACAUGCAGCUAGUAGUUACAUUACACUCCUGGCUGUUGCUCAGGUGCUUGGUGCACUUAAUGCUACUGUCAAGCAGGAGAUGACUGACAUUAUGUUUGUCUUCUUUCAAGGGGAGAGCUAUGACUACAUUGGAUCAUCUCGGAUGGUGUAUGAUAUGCGGAAUGGUAGUUUCCCUUACACUCCUGAUGCAUCCAAGACUCAGCCUGCUUUUGUCAAAUUAGAGGACAUUGGGUAUUUCCUAGAAUUAAAACAGCUUGCAUUGGUAAAGAAUGGCACUGUGUAUGCACACAUUGAUCCCAUUACCUACGAAGAUUCAUCAACAAAAAUUCAGGUUGAUCAUUUGCUAGAAAGCUUACAGGACUCCUCAUCUGGGACUAACAUUACCAUCAAGAAACCAAGCAACCUUCAGCCUGUGCCCCCGGCAUCAUUCCAGCAGUUCCUACGCAGUGGAGUCAAGGUGCCGGGUAUUGUUUUGGCAGAUCAUGAGAAGCAAUAUCGCAACAAAUACUACAACAGUAGGUUUGAUUCUCCUGAGUUGAUCAAGAUUGACAAGGAUGAUAUUUCCGGUGUGUCGCUAGCAGCAGUGGAGUUGUCUAAAAUAGCAACAACUGUUGCAAGGGCUCUGUACAGGUUAGCCAGACCUAACGAAACAGAUGCUGAGUCCAUCAGUGUCAACGCAUCAAUAAUCCACGAGAUGUUUCAUUGUUUCUUGGUGAAUACCAGCUGUCCUCUCUUCCAUUCCAUUGUCUCGCAAAAAGAGUCUGAUGGACUGUCCAAGGCUUUACCUGAUGCCUUCGUUGGUGUGUACAUUAGUUCUGAUCAAAGAUUUUUCGUGAAAAUCAUCAAACGUUUGCUGGGAUAUUUUACUGGAAACCUGACAUGGAUAGAGCACAAGGAUGAUGAUUCUGAUGCAAACAAGAACCAGUGCCAAGAUAACGAGAAUAAUCAGGUAUGAACACUUGGUUCAUAAAUGAGGCACUUGUUAUUUGUGUGCCUGUUCUCUGAUAAAGGGACUGCUGUAGACUGAAAGUUCCAAGUAAUCUUAUUUUGAAGAAAUCAUGUGCAGUUUAAUUGUACAGUGUUUCACACUUUCAAAAGAUUUAGAAAUCCCAUGAGGUUGGUGCAAUAUUUUGAUGGUGUCAAUUGUCACAUGGGUUCCCUAAAAAUGAACAGCUAUUUCCCUGCAUGUGGAUUCCAAAUUGACAUUGUUAUUCAUCUUACAAGGCUGAAUACAGAGGUGUGUGUUAUUCUUACAGAGUAAAUGACUUACUCUACAGGUUAUGACAGAUGGUAAAAGUUACCA